AACACAUACAAGUUAGGAGGGAUGCUGCUGAGCGUGGGGCUGGGAGCAGGUUCCACACAGGGCAUGUGAGUAGCCACGAGUAGGAAACCAACCAUCUCUGUUCAUGAGUUCUCCCAGAUUUUCCCAAACUCCGCCGCUGCCACCAAUCACCCGUGCCAGAGAUAAGCAGUUCCUGGCCAGCCUGCAGGCACACAUUGACGAUGCAAAGGAAAAAUUGGAACUGGCAGGGCAGUGUGAUGCCGAGCAGCAGUGCAUCAUUUACGGACGUGCAUUUGACAAGGUGAUAGAAUAUUGUACUGAUUAUAAGGGUUUGCUCAGUGCAAUCAAAUGCGAAUAUGAUGAGUUCAUUGAUGUAAUCAAGCAGAGUCAAAGGGAUGCUGUUCAUCUCCAAGGGAAGCUGAGGGCCUUGGCAUCCCAGCCAACAACACUUGUGUAUAACAGGAAACGAGCCAUGGAGCUUACUAAGAAGUUAGAAAUAAUUCAGAACGACUCGCGGAGAAUUGAAAAUCAAUUAGAAAAACUCCAAACUAGUAAAAGUUUGAAGACCCCAGGAUUGGAGGAGCCAAGUGAUAUAAAGCCUUCCAGCCUCAUUCCAGGUAUGACAGUUGAAGACUCUCUCAGUAUGGAAAAGCUCACGCAAUAUCAGCAACAACUAGAACAGAAAAGGGACACUCUGAAGGCCGAUAUGAAAAACAAAUAUGUCUCCGUGCAGGAAAAGAUAGAGCUGGAGCAUAAACUGAGUUCUGCUUUACAAGACAGAGAAGAAGCAGAGUUAUUAAAUAAGAAACUGAUGCUCAGUUACAGACAAAAAAGGCUUGUCAGAGACGCCAUCGUGGCUUGGAUGCAAUCCAACAAAAAUGUGUCUCUUUACGAUGCUGUUUCACAGGCUAUAGCAAACAAGAAUGAAUUAAAAGAUGAUGUUUGCGCAGCAGAGGUGUUUGAUGAACAUGAUCCCAAGAAAGUCUCCGAAGGGAAAUCUUUGCUUGAAUAUGUAGAAAGAUUUAAUGAAUUGUUCCUAAGCAGACAGUAUAAUGCUGCUGCAAUCCAUGCUGCAAACAGUCCUAGAGGGAUUCUCCGUAAUAUGGAAACUAUGGAGAAAUUCAAAGCUGCUGUAGUCAGUGAUGAGGACACGUCUCCUGUGUUACUGUAUUUUGAAGCUUUAAUAGGCUCCAGCCAUUUACCAAAGCAUCCUGUUAGUGCUGAACUUACACUAGAAGGGACCAAGUGCGCUCUAGCUUGUGAAAAAUUGGAGCUGGUGGUUCAUUGGGUCACCCAGCAAAGGAUAACCUAUUCGGAGGCCCUGGGCGAUGUUAUAUAUGAUUACGGGGAGAGAGAGCCAUACCACAAACCCACCUGCCUCGCGCUAGCUCAUUUAAUAUUCAAAAAGUGCUCAAAUAGCCGGAAGGCGGCUCUGUGUAUGUGCUUGCAAGGCCUCGUGCAGGGGGUGCUGGAGUACACCUCUCAGUGCAGACAUUUCUCAUUGGAGGACUAUGUUUUUUUGCUUACAAAGUGCCCCAGUGCUGAUCUGAUACAUGGCUUAACCAAGGAGCGAAAUGGCAAACCGGCAGCCUUAUCUGUUGGUCAGGCCACACUUUCCCUUAUCUCUACACAUUACAAGGAAUAUGGGUUUCAGCUGCUAGAAAAUAUACUUGACUGUGGUGAAGGUGCUUUGGAGCGGGUCAUUGUUAAUGAUGUGGUUUGUACGCCAGAAGGGUGGGUAGAAAUAGCUGAUGAAUGUAUAAGGAACAAUCACGUGCAGUUAUCUGAGAAGAUUCUGUCUAUCGUCAGAGAGCAGGACGGGAUAGUGGAGUUUACUUCCAGUGAAGAAGAUGCAAUGAUAAUGGAGCAUGUCUUCAUGUAAUUCCCACUGAGUGGCAGCAGGGGGAGCCCAUACACCACAAGGCUGAGAAAAUGACCUGUGUUAUUAAACAGGGUAAAUCAGUUACUUUCAGUUCUUAUAUUUCAGCGUAAGGCCCAUGACGCAUGGAGGAGUUUCAAGCAUUUUCCUGCACUAUUUUUAGCUUGGAAACCAUGUGGUGUUCAGAACCCUAGAAAUCGACUCCCACUGAUGCUGUGUUUAGUUUUUCAAUAAGGGUGAGGCUAAUGCUUUUGCUAUUAUUUUUACCUAAUGCCCUUUGCCAGCAAUGAUGGCAGCAACUGGAGGAAAAUGUAGUCUUUUGACACUACAUGGAAUAAAUACUGCAGGCAAAUUGUCUGAAAUGUGCCAGUCUCAUUAGAGAGACUGAAGCCCUUUGGAUUAAUAAUGGUCUGAAACAUUGUUAUGUAUAAGUGUUUUCAAUACAAGUUGACAAUGCAGAGAGAGCUCUUGGGUAAUUUAGGGCACUUUGCCAAACCCAGUGGCUAUAGCAGACCCCUAGCACCAAAGGACUAGUAAAGGUCAUAACUAAUUUGACUGCUGUUUGCUGUUAGCUCUGAUGUUUUCAGCCAUGUUUAUUCUCAUCUGAACAAAGCCUUGCCCGGUCGGUUGUACCCAAUAAAUAAAGUCUUAUUUGAAUAUA